AUUAUUUUAAAUGUUUUUCCUUAAGAAUCAGAGAGUCAAUUAAACAAGGCUUGAGCUUCUUAUAUAGACAGACGCAAAACAUGCCCGCCAAUUCUUGAACUCUCAAAACUGAAACGAACCUACAAGUCCAUUAUAGGUUCUCACAUUAUAUUUCAUACAAAACGGAUCCGUGUCGGAUUACCCGAGUUAAAUGAAUAGAACAAUCUUCUCCAAAGUCCUUAAGGGAAAACUUUCUCUAUCGACCAGCUUUUCUUCUUCUUCACGAUCUAAACGCCGAUAUCCACCGCCCGCGAAGAACCUCGGUACAUGCAUCGGUUUGCUACAAGCAUGUGCCAACAACAAGGACCUCAUCAAAGGCCGACAAAUCCACUCAUUCGUUAUCACUUGUGGUUUCCUCCUCAACUCACCUCCUUUGAUCACCAGCCUUAUCAACAUGUACUCCAAGUGUGGCCAAAUGGACGACGCCAUUUGGGUCUUCAACUGCCCCUGUGACGACGAUCGCAAUGUGUUUGCCUACAACGCGAUGAUUGCCGGGUUCAUUGUAAAUGGGCGAGCAGCAGAGGGGUUGGUCUUCUACAACCGAAUGCGAGAGAUGGGUGUUGUGGCAGAUAAAUUUACUUUCCCUUGUGUUAUUAGAGCAUGUAGUGAUUUGACGGAGGUUUUGGAGGUUAGGAAGAUUCAUGGUGUGCUGUUUAAACUUGGGCUGGAGUUGGAUGUGUUCGCUGGUAGUGCUUUGGUUAAUACUUAUCUGAAGUUUAGUUUGAUUGAGGACGCACAAGAGAUGUUUGAGGAAUUGCCCGAGAGAGAUGUUGUGUUGUGGAACGCGAUGGUUAAUGGGUAUGCGCAGAUUGGGAGCUUCGAUAAGGCUUUGGAGGUUUUCAGGAGUAUGAGUGAAGAAGGGGUUAUACCAAAUAAUUUUACGGUUACCGGGGUCUUGUCUAUUUUUGCGGUGAUGGAAGAUUUCAACAAUGGGAGAGUUGUGCAUGGGUUUGUCAUUAAAACGGGGUAUGAUUCCGGUACUGCAGUUUUGAAUGCAUUGAUUGACGUCUACGGAAAAUGCAAGUGCCCUGGAUACGCGUUGAAAAUUUUUGAGAUGAUGGAUGAUAAGGAUAUAUUCUCAUGGAACUCAAUUAUUUCUGUUCACGAACAAUGUGGCGAUCAUGAAGAAACCUUGAGGCUUUUUGAUAAGAUGUUAGGUGCGGGAGUUAUGCCUGAUUUGAUCACAAUCACUGCAGCUCUACCGGCUUGUUCUAAUCUGGUUGCAAUGAUGCAUGGUAAAGAGAUUCAUGGGUUCAUGAUUCGUAGCUUCUUGGGAAAGGAUGGUCAUUGCGAAUAUGUGUUGGUCAACAAUGCUCUAAUGGACAUGUAUGCAAAGUGUGGGAGCAUGAGAAAUGCUUGUAUGAUUUUUGAUAAGAUGAGAAAUAAGGAUGUGGCAUCUUGGAACAUCAUGAUCAUGGGUUAUGGCAUACAUGGCUACGGUAAAGAGGCAUUGGAUAUGUUUGCUCGUAUGUGUGAGACACAACUUAAGCCUGAUGAGGUCACUUUUGUCGGGGUUUUAUCGGCAUGCAACCAUGCAGGUUUACUAAGACAAGGGCGUGAUUUUUUCACCCAAAUGAAGACGAAUUAUGGCAUAACCCCAACCAUUGAGCACUAUACUUGCGUAAUUGACAUGCUUGGUCGAGCUGGCAAGCUCAAGGAGGCUUAUGAACUGGUAAGAACAAUGCCUAUUGAGGCCAACCCUAUUGUGUGGAGAGCUUUAUUAGCAGCAUGUCGACUCCAUGGUGAUGCAGAUCUUGCUGAGAUUGCUGCACAGCAGGUGUUUGAACUUGAACCAGGGGCUUGUGGUGGUUAUGUUCUUAUGUCCAAUAUUUACGGAGUGGCUGGUCGAUAUGAAGAAGUUUCAGAAGUUAGAGAUUCAAUGAGACAACAAAACGUUAAGAAGACACCAGGAUGUAGUUGGAUUGAGCUCAAGGAUGGUGUGCAUACUUUUAUUACCGCUGAUCGGGUUCAUCCUGAUGCCAGCUUAAUUUAUGCUGAAUUGAAUUCAUUAACUGUUCGUCUCCGUGAACAUGGAUACGUGCCGAAUACCUAAGUGCUGUUCUCGUGUUCCAGUCUAGCAGAUUGCAACUAGAACUUUUCCUCUUUUCCAUGUUAUUGGCGACAGAACAGCCAUAAAACAUCAUUAAACCAGUGAUUUAUUUGUUCAAGAGUGAAUGUUCCCCGAGAGCAAACCCUUCUAGAAUUCCCGCUCAAUUUCUAGCCGCGAUCUUUAUACAAUUAUUUUUUUAAUGUAUAUUCUUAGUUAAUUUGUUACUGUACUUUUAUUAAUUAUUCAACGCAGAAUCACAGAUUACAGAUGGCUGAAUGAACUGCUCUUAAUUUUCUGAGCACUUAAAAAUGGAGAGCUUGAACCGCUUUGAAAUCGUUGUCACAAAGGGAAUCCUCUGAUUGGCAAACGUGAAGAGCAAGCAAAACUAUCAAAUAAACUAAAAGGAUUUAAAGUCGGUUGUCUCGCUUCAGACAAUCCUUUAUAUUCUUGAGAUCGACGAAAGGCUAAGACAGUGGUGUGAAUCAGAAAUUUUGCUCACUCAGUGGAGGUUUCAACUCAGGAGAUUAUUCAUAUUGGAAGCCUCUGA